AUGCCGCUUCAGUAUAACCGUGGCUCAGACGCAGAGCUCGUCUGGGCCUCAUCGAUCCGCAAGUUUAAGGGAGCUCCUACCUUCUUACCUCUGAAGAAAGGAACCGCAAAAAAUGGCCGAGACCGACGGACGCGCGGGUCCAGCAAGGAUGAUGAGAGCAUCGUCGAGGAGUUCAUCGACGAAGCUCUUCGAGCAGGAGGCCCAUUCCUGUGCCCACUCCCUGUUACCAGCAGGCCGCUUCCUGACAACAUGCGUCACUACAAAUUGAUCAUGGAUGACGAUGGCUUCAGAACCACGGUGGAAGGCAUCCUUGCAGAGCACGAGAUUGUUGCGUCGGAUUACGGGGUUGUCUUGCGAAAGGCCGACAACUUCCCCGAAGACAAUCCCAUCGUCACUUUCAUGGUCACAGCGGAGAGAAAGGUAGUAGAUGACGCAUGGCUUCACACCUGCAAGAAGCUGCGAGACCUCUUUGUUUCAAACAACUUCCCCGACGCCAGCGUGGAAAUUGCCGACAAGAGAGCCUUCCUGCCACGCUUCAUGGCUCCUCCCUUUGGAAGCGAUAAGAUAUUCCCGGUCUGGGACGAACUGCUCUCUUUGCUCUUGACCUCCCUCGAUUUGACAGACAUCAAGACGAUCGCGUGUUGGAGGUACGGAACAUCCCCUCUCAGCGAAGACAAUCCCCCGACCAUUCUCUUCACUGUAGAUCGGAACUCUGUUCGCAAGUGGAAGCCUCUCCGGGAGAAAACAGUCGAGAUAAUUGAUUCAUACGGGAUCGAUGACAUUUGCAUUCAUGUGGAGAAGGGAAACAUUAUUCGAUCGGUGGGCGGCAAGUCCGACGCUGGUCUUCCAGGGUCUAUCUGGCAGAAACGACAAGCCCUGGUGGGUGUGAGCAUCGGAAAUAUAAUGGAUUCCAAGUGCUCGGCGACCUUUGGCGGAUACAUUGAGCUCCUUAACGAAAAUGGAGAUUGGGAUAGAUUUGGCUUGACCUGCUACAAUGCUGUUCUCGCGCCUGACGAUGCAACCAGUGAUAAUAGCAAAGAAGCGCAGCUCAAAUGGCACUCCAAGGGCGUUGAAUGGCACGACUCCCUGGCGAAGAAAAUGCUGACCCUGCAGCAGCCGAGCAUCGGAGACCUCCAGGACAAGCAAAAGGCAGUUCAAGAGCAGAUCGAUUCCAUCAAGGACGCCGAUUUCAUGGAGGACCGUCGCAAAGCUAGCCUGGGGGAACUCUUUCCGCCUUUUAGUGGUAGACACGCUGGCCGUGAGCGGCUUCUCACUAUUCAGGAGAAUAUGGCGAGCCAGAUCGACACCUUCGUCAGGGAAAAGAGGGCACCACUGGGCCACGUUGCCUGCGCCUCUGGCUUUCGACUGAAAGAACACGAGAACGGCCAUGUGCAGCACUUGGAUUGGGCCUUGUUGAUGAUGGAAAAGUCUCGCACGGGUAAUAAUCGGAUCAAUGCUCACGGAGCGCCACGUUUCGCACUUUUAGAUGACAUCCUCGUUGCGCCGGUCAAACCGGAACAUGGUAUGCCUCUUUACAAGCUGGGAAGAUCAACCGGGUGGACGACGGGGACGUACAGCGGCCUCCAGUCUGCAGUCAUUGAGACAAUCACCGAAAAGGACAUCAAGAAGACUAUCACCACAUGGGAGUCUUCAGUAUGCAGCACCAAUAGCCAGCCGUUUUCAGAUCGUGGCGAUUCUGGAAGCUUUAUCUUUAAUCGGAACUUGGCGUUUGUUGGACUGCUGUUUGCUGGGAAAGUGAAUGGAGAAGCCUACAUCACGCUCGCUGCUGAUCUUUUCGACGAUAUUAAAGCGAAGACGGGCGCAAUUGACAUUCGCAUUCCACUUGAUUAG